GCUGCUCUUUGCGAGCCACAGGUGUUGUAGGCACGCGCGCGCGAUGAGCUUCCCAGUUGAGAAAACGCAACCGAAGAAGAGAGAUAUGGAUUGCUAGUAGGGUACAGUAGCGUGGUUUUUACAAUCACGCACCCGGAAGAGCGUCUCGUGAAGUGAUUUCCCCGCCCGGACAAUGUCGACCCGGACUAUACACUUCGAGGCCAUCGUUCGUCGAACAAGCGAACGCAGCUCGCCAAGCGGGCCCGUCCGGAACGAUUCACAACCGCUGCAUUGUCUGAGUUAAUCUGGAAACAACCCAGUCGGGCGAUUCAGCGAGGGCAGCGCGCCAAGCGGGCGACGUCAUUGAAGACUACAGAUCUUCAUCGUGGUCAUUGUUUGCCGAACGAGUGAACACUGCUCAACACUCUGGCAUCUGCGGAGUUAAUUACUACGGCGCACGCAGUGAGUCUGAAAAGUCAUCGACUUGUCAUUCUCGCCACCGAUUUAGCUACGGUAGGCAUCAAGCGCACUGUGUCUUUGGAGACCCGAGCCCAUCACAGAGGACGUCGUAUACCCGAACGAAUAGUCGCAGCUCCCCACGCCGAGCAGUUCGGCAGCCACUCAGAACCGCAGCGCACGACUACGUGAGUCUGGAAAGUCAACUCGUCACUAUCGCCGAUUUAGCGACGGCAGAGCGGGCAAGCGGAGGACGUCUUCGGAGACGCGAGCCCUUCACCCUGCGCCUACAGCGUCAUACUUGUUACUCGUAGACGUAACUCGUAGUCGAAGUCAACCCGCCAAACGGCCUCUUCUGAGUCACUCGGGUGGAACUCCGCAACUGUGAAGUUCACGGAGCGAAGACAGUGCUUCAGGGUGACGUCACAGGACGCCCUUCGCUUGAGACUUGGCAGCCAGCUGCGGUACGCCACCGCCUGCGAGUAAGCGAACACAAGCGUCUCCGAGCGAAAAUGUUAUAACGUCGUUCAUUCAGGCCUAGCGUAAGCGUGACGUAGCGUAGACGGAGUGCGUGGUACGCGAAGUGCCUUUAGAGUCGUGACCUUCGUUGUGUUCUGACUGUUGAGUAUUGCGACUUGUUUUUCUUCUCGCCCUUGGCGAAAUGACCUGCAACGCUCGGCUCGAUGUCUUUCCCGGUCAGCAUUCAAAGGGCAAGAAAACGACACACGGAAUUGUGAAAACGUAACAGCUGCUACUGCAGAGUGAGACUUAGAAGAAAAGGAAACUAAGCUUGUAAAGGCCAACGCAGAUUGAGUGCAAAGAUCGACGUGCUCACCGGCUUCGUUGCAUUGGCGCUUAUGGGAAGGCCUCACAGUUGUUUUGUAAACACGCUUGCCGGCCGGCGUUGUCUAUCGUAUUUAAUGCGUUCUACACGUACACGUCAUUUCCUUGUCUGAAACAAGUGUGACGACCAGGUUAGACUUACUCACCAGCUUGGGUUUCGCAAGCCAAUAGGCUCACCAAGACACCACAGUGCCUGUCCUACAACUAGUGAGAAUAACGUUGAUUCGGAUUGUGCAAUGACACAGCCCAUAGAAAAGUAACAGCAGUAAAUCUGUAGUUAGUAAACGAAGUGUCAAAACUAAACAACCGUUAGUAAGUUACUUAGUUAGCACAGUUGUUUGCGUGAUUUAGCAUUAUAGUCUACUGUUCAGGUGGUUCACUUUACAAUAUCUGGAUUCACAAAAACGUAAGGAGUGAAUUAACUUCAUUGGGAAAGCAAGUCAGGUACGCAGCAAAGCGUUUGGAAAAAAAAAGAAAACGUGUUGUCUAGCAAAGAAGUUGUCUUUCUUCCAUGAGGAGUGUGUCGUUAGUCAUGCGAACCUAAUGUCUGAACGAUUUACUCCUUCAUUUGAAACAACCGACGCCUUCGAGGAAAGUUCGGAAGCCACUGACCUCACAAAGCACUUUUUUUUCGCCUUUACCGGGGUGGUCAUUCAUCUGGGCUGGGUAGAUAACCCCCUGAGUUUCUUUGGGGACCUCGAAAGCUUGACGUAGCACGACUUCCACAGGUUACGCCACAAAUUAAAAAGAAAAAAAAGUUGGAAGUUGAGGUGCCGGCUUGAGAGGUUCUGGAGCUUUGAGCAUCCACCAAUUUUCGCGCGUUGAAUACACUCUUUCCUCUCUUGCGUUUAUUUCUGUUGCUUGCGUUCUUUCUCGUUUUCAAUGUUCUCCUUUUCGCUAGUGUCAGCAGCGACGCUACAAAAGUGAGUUAAAUGAAGUUGCAAAAGACUACCAAGUAGCUCCGCCGAGACGAACGUAUUUCAGUCGCUGUUCUAGAGUGACGUCACACCCUUUGAGGGGUGAUAAAACCUCUAAAGUAAGGAAGGCACCUACACUGUAAGAAGACGUUGACAUAAAGUGGUUCCGAAGCGAUUGCCACUCGGUGUCAUUUCUAUGAACGGCGGGCAGUCGUAAAGGGCUCAUGAUACACUGGACGUCCGCAGCUGUGAUUCAGUCGACGCUUUCAGAGUCAAUAAACGCCGCCUUAUUCCAUUCUCAAUCGUCAAAGCACUAUAUUCAGCUCGGGACGGGAUAGUGACCGAAGUCUACGACGUGUUUACAGAGAAAGCCCAUCGAGAAACAAAACGAAAGAUCAUAGAGGGCAUUGGCAAGCUGUUUUUGUCGCGCUGAUGCAGUAGGUUCUCUUGUAUUCAAGUAAGGGAUUGACCCAGGGGACAAGUCGAGAACCUCUGAACUAUGUGGCAGCGGUCGUCAAUCCCAACUUCGAAGUGCCGUGGAGUAGCUUUUUUCUAAAUUUAUUUUUUCUAUACGCUCCGAAAAAACAGCGGUUAGCGUAACUUUGAAGAACACUGCAUAACCACGCUUCUUUAAUACUCGCGCGUUUAUAUUAACACAAAUGGCACACCACGAAUCCAACACCUCACGUGCUUUAGGAGAGACAAGAUCGUGACCUUCGUUUCAUUCGACCUCCAGGGCUUGUUAACGGUAGUAACUUCUUAUUCUUCAGAUUCUUCAGUGAUCUUGUCAUAAAUUAUGGCACACCUCCUGCUUAAAACUCUUUUGCGUCGACGAAUGAGUGCCUAAUCUAAUGUCUACCCUCUAACAAGUGAGGGAAAGCCAGACUCUUAGCUCAACGAACUAGUCAAACUUGUGAGUGCGCGCACAGAAACGAAGAUUCGACCUGGCCGACGCCACUGAAGGACUUCUACAGUAACAAGCGCAGUUCCAGUGUUGCUCCUGUGCAUAUCGGUGUCGUCGAGAGGUUCUGGUGUUGUGCAACGCGAAAGUGCAUGUGUGCCAAUCUGUUUUCGAGCGGGUGCUGCCCCGAUCUGUUCCGGCUAGCACCUGGUGUAGUAACGCAAUGGGACAUGUGGUCCACGCCAUUUCGCAAGACGUCCGGCAGCUACGACUUCGUGGUCACCUCUGCGACUUCAAGAAAAGCGAUCCAGGGAGAAGUGAAGCUCCCCGCUGAGAAUGGAGAUACGAGGCAGUACCGUGCCACGCCGGACUGGGGGGAAAGUGCUAUCAAUGGGGACCACUUAUGGACAGCCACUAGUGCCUCUGGGGAUCUCUGUUAUGUGGGAGAGAGUGAAUGCUCAAAACAUGGACCCCGGAUGAAAUGCCCAGCUUGUAAAAUAACUGUUCACGCCGGAUGCAUUAGCAUUUUAAGUGAUAAAAUGAAGUUUCAAUGUAAGCCAACAUUCAGAGAUGUCGGCAUCAGACAAUACCGAGAGCAAACUGUGAUUCAGCACCACUGGGUACAUAGGCGCUAUGAGAAAGGCAAGUGCCAACAGUGUAGCAAGUCCUUUCAGUCAAAACUCUCAUUUGGUAGCAAGGAGAUAGUGGCCAUCAGUUGCACGUGGUGCAAGACAGCCUACCACAACAAGGAGUCUUGUUUCAGUAUGCAAAGGAUUGGGGAGCAGUGCAACCUGGGGACACACAUGGACAUCAUCGUGCCGCCCUCGUGGAUCGUCAAGUUGCCCCGGAAGGGUUCCUUCAAGUCAUCUAUCAGGAGGUCACCAAAGAAACGGGCUUCUACGAAAAAGAAGUCCCGUAAAGAGGGAUGUGGAGACAAGGACACGCAGCGUGCAUUCGCCAUCAAGCCGAUCCCGUGCGCAUCAAGCAAGCCCCUGUUGGUGUUCAUCAAUCCACGGAGUGGGGGCAACCAGGGGUCCAAGAUGAUGCAGAAGUUCCAGUGGCUUCUUAACCCACGCCAAGUCUUCGAUCUCUCGGAAGGGGGUCCCAAACAGGGGCUCGAGCUGUACCGCAAGGUGAACAACCUGCGGAUACUGGCAUGUGGGGGCGAUGGAACGGCGGGCUGGAUCCUGUCCGUGAUCGAUGAGAUCGGCAUCGUGCCCCCGCCGCCCGUCGCUGUGCUACCCCUGGGUACCGGCAAUGACCUGGCUCGCGCGCUUGGCUGGGGAGGGGGUUACACGGAUGAGCCUAUAUCAAAGAUACUCCAAGAUGUUCAGAAUGGGGACAUCGUUCAGCUGGACAGGUGGGACCUAAUUGUAAAUAGAAACACGGAGGUGGACAUCUCUCAGUGCGAAGAAGGCAAAGAGACUGUGCCUUUAAAUGUUGUGAAUAAUUAUUUCUCUAUCGGCGUGGACGCCCACAUUGCCUUGGAGUUUCACGAAGCACGCGAAGCUCACCCUGAGCGGUUCAACAGCAGGCUAAAGAACAAAAUGUUUUACGGCCAGGCAGGAGGCAAGGAUCUCCUUCAGCGAAAGUGGAAGGACCUCUGCAACUACGUCACAUUGGAGUGCGAUGGCCAAGAUUACACGGGGAAGUUACGAGAGCACAAAGUACACUCCAUUCUCUUCUUGAACAUUCCCAGUUAUGGUGGUGGCACGAGACCCUGGGGGAACCCGGGGACAGCGUUUGAAAUGCCACAGACCGAUGAUGGCCUCAUUGAAGUGAUUGGCCUCACCAUCUACCAAAUGCCUUUUCUCCAGGCGGGUGGCCAUGGCACGUGCCUCUGCCAGUGCCGGAGCGCCCGCGUCGUGACGAGCAAGACCAUCCCGGUGCAAGUGGAUGGGGAGCCCUGCCGCCUACUGCCGUCGCUUAUCGAGCUGCAUAUGCGCAACACGGCCUGCAUGGUCGCCAAGGCCAAGAUUCACAACCAAGUGCCAAGCCAGUUACCACUGGAAAAGCUGACCAUUGCCAUCCGAAAGCUGAACAUGGCUGAUUACGAGAAUUAUCACUACGACAAAGAGAGGCUACGAAGCUUAUCCAUACCGAUUGGAACAUUGACUGUGAACCCUGACACCGAUCUGGAGAAUGUCAGGCUGAUGAUCAACCAGUUGUGUUCUCUGGAAGGUCCAGACGCUCAGAAUCUGUCACCGUCCAAGAGGUUUUCACCUGACUGGUGCUUUCUGGACUCGUGCACAGCAGAGAGGUUCUUUCGCAUCGACCGAGCUCAGGAGCAGCUACACUACGUCGUCGACAUUGGUCAGGACGGCGUGUACAUCCUCGACCCUGAGCAAUCGCCUAUCGCUCCAGAGCCUCCACCACCACCCAUGACAUCACCCACAACAGAGGAGACCAGUGCCCUGGACAGUUCGUCUGUCCUGAAGGAGAGUGCAGAAGGCCUAGCAGCUGUAGCAGCAGCUGCAGUCGCAGCCGAAGCUGAAGCUGAAACAAUGGAGCCAGCUCCGAUGUGGAGUACUCCUACCUGCACGCAAGACUGUAAGGAACAGAAAGUUGGGGCUGGAGAACAGCCACAGCCAACUUCAUCGCACGAAGUAAUCAUGGCUGCCAAACUGGGAGAUCUCUUAAGGCUAAAGCAGCUUUGUGACAGUGGUCACAGCCUGCUGUCGACGGACGACAGUGGGAUGACGGCGCUGCAUCACGCCGCUCGCUACGGACACAAGGACGUUGUUCGGUAUAUUGUCGCCAGCGCACCGCCAGUGAUCUUGGACAUUGUGGACAAAGACAGAGGACAGACGGCUCUUCACAAGGCAGCGGCGUACAAGCGAAGAACUAUCUGUUGCAUGCUUGUAGCAGCAGGAGCAUCGCUGUCCAAGGCAGACUGCCAGGGACAGACAGCGAAGCAGCUGGCUGCCAGAGCCGGCGAUGAGGACUUGGCAGCGUACCUGGAAAGCCAGGAGCACUUCGAAAGGCUCGUGCAGGAUCGGGAGACGGCUGUCUGACGACAGCUGAAUGCUGACGCCCUGCCCCGCAACGGCAAGGGUCUCAGCUUUCCCUUUCCUCGGUCGUUCCUGUGGAACCACGAAGCCGACACCGAAGCCGCAGCUGCGAGACUGCGUUGAGCAAGCCAGGCUGAGGCUUCAGCCUAAGUCGCAGCCAGAGCAUCGCUCUCACGUGAGAUGCGGCUGAUGGGAGAGAGACAGGUUGCGGGCCGUCCGAGCCCCACUUUGUUGAAAUCGCAGCACAUGUUAGGAGGAGCCGAGUCACGGCUACUUUGUUCUGGUCCGACGGUGGAAGGAACUGAAAGAAGGGUGGACGGUCCAAGCUUGAGGAGAAGAGAAGGCAGGGUUAUGUGGCAGUUGUAAGGCUAGGCCAGAAUGGAGCAUAAAGAGUUUGCACGAACCAGUACGUACGCUUCUUCACGCUAAGAACUUUCACCAAUGCAACUAGUGCCAUUGGCGCUUUAGCGUGUUGAUGUGUUACGUGUCAGCACAUUCACAAACUGGUUUGUGUCUCAGCAUUGCAUCAUGAAUGUCAGUUAUGAUUUCAUGUUAAAAAAGGGUUCGUUUUCGGUCUAUCUUGUGCAUUUAGUUUCAUUCUGGCCUGACAGUGCACUAGCCAUUCAUGGGGCAUUACGAAAAUGUACUUUGAACAGUUUUGUCUUGAAAUACGUCUGCACACUAGUUUUCUUUGCUUCGUGAAUCUUCCGGGAUUGUUCCUAAGCCUUGUUCGAGAACAUAUUUGGGUUACUCUUGCAGAUCCUCUUCAAGCAACAUUCGCAUGAGUUCCCAGUGCGCUUACUUGACAUGCGGGAGCAUUGACAAUUACUCGCGCUCCCGUUCUCACGACACCAUUUUUAUUGAUUUUGCAUCUGCUGUAUGGAGCGGAAGCUUCGGUUUACCAGUUAUUUGACUUGUUCGUUAGUUGGCAGCUAGCUAAGUGGUCUGAGGGCACACUUUUUUGGCAGCUGCCCAAGAGCUUAGGUAUUUGGUGCUUUCAUACGCUGUGCUCACUCGAGCACAAGAUGCUGACAAGCUAUGUUCACUGAAUUUCUGAGGUACGUUGUAUCCCGAUUUACCCACAGGCUCAUAGAUCUAGCAUUUUAAUGCCUUGCCACUUUUGUCAUGUCGCGUGUGAAAAUCCUUAUUAGAGUUCGCCGACCAAGGUUACGUAACACUGGUUUGUGUACGGCUCUGCCUUCCUCACUGCUUUUUGUCUCGUAAUGAACACGAAAAGUUCUCAUUGUGCACAUCCUGACACGUAUAUCUUGGAUAAUUUGCACACUUCUUUUAUGGUUGCACUCCUUUUGCCUCCUUAUGCGAUUCUCAGCAAAACAAGUCUGCCGUGGCGCUUUACGACUCUUGCACUUUCGUGUUUUAAAGUUUUUCACAACCUGUCCAAGUACGCCGCGGCGGUCCUGAAGUCUUUAACCUGGCUAACCUCACAUUGAACAUGUGCACACUAUGUCAGUGAUGAUGCGUAGUUUAUACUACGCAUCACUUUAUACUUGUAGAAUGCGUUCUGCCGUCACGCGUGGAUCUGGCGACAGUAGGCGCAGGCAUACGUGCAAAGCCUUCUCAACGUUCCAGCACCAUCCUCCUCAACAACUUUGGCCUUAAUGUCACCAGCAACUCCCUCCAUGUGGUGGUAUGGGAGGUAACGCCCAUGAAACGACGCUAGCGCCACCUUUGGGCGAGAGACGAAACCUCGAGUGGUCCCUUUGCGGAACAGCCCCUUUCCCUUCAUCAAGAAGGAGGGGUGCAGUAGUUUCAUUGAAACGUGCUACGCUAAAUAACGCUCUCGCAUUAUGUUGUACAAUUUUGUAUAUUUAGCCCUUGUACCAUAGCAACGCAAGUGUAGUAGAGCUAGUUGUUUCGACUGCCCCCUUGGAGGAGGAGGAGAAAAAAAAACACAUUUGUAACUCCGAAACAGUACGUCUGACUUUCAAGCGGUGCACCGUAUUUUUAAUUUUUUUAGUCCCCGCAGCAACAACUCGAGGAUGACCAAAGCAUUCUUCAGAGGCUGGCAAGCCUCAGCCUUGCCUCUGUGUAAUACAGUAUAAUCUCGUUGAUAUGGUCCUCACGGGAACCGGAAAAUAAAAUGUAUCAUUCGAAAAUCAUAUUAUCCGAAAAUAACCGUAUAUAAGCAAAAAACAUAUUAUCCCCAAAAACGUAUUAUGCAGAAUUGUAUCAAUGAGAUUUCACUGUAGUGUGUCCUCUGUAGGGUUUUUCUUUUGGCCCAGUUGAAAGGUCUUGUCCAUGAGCUCCUCGUUGCCAGUAGAACGUAAAUGCAAGCUUGUCGCAUGUCGAAGGACGAGGGAUUUUCGUGUGGAUGCCAAGUUGGACCCCCAGUUGCAGCUCUUCAAUGGCAGCAUGCUUUUAUGCCUUCGCAGACUGCUACUUUUGUUGUUAUUGUUGUUGACUUUUAUUUUACCUGUGUAUAUCAUUUUUGUCUUGCUCACCAAAGUGGCUUGCAUGUACUGAAGUUCUUGCUUUUGAUGAUUUCUGUUGCACUCUCUUGCGUGUAAACUUUUUUUUUUCUUUCGUUCACCUAUCUUGAUGGCUUCAAGAUAUCUGUGCUGGCAUUAUGUGUGCAGCUUUCUGAUGUAUUACCCUUUAAUUGCCUAAAUUUUCUUUCCUGGAAAAAAGAAUCCACUUUAAUUGCACUUAUAGCUACUCACAUGUGCGGUUCAGAAAGUGAAAAAUUACUUUUAUGCCAUUGGCUACUCCAGGAGGAAAUUUGUAGGCUUGUCACGAUAAGCCGUAAUGGGCACCAGUGCAAAUUAAUGUUGGUAUAUUCUACACAUUUUUCUCACUUCAUGUGCUUUGAUGUGCAAGGUGAAUUUUGUCACAUCUUAUGGCAGCCUAUGACAUGUUCUAGCCAUUUUCAGUUCAGAAAAAGCUCUAAAGGAACAUGAAAUGUUGUGUUGGUCUCUUUAGCAGCAUUUGUCAGCAUGCACUACAUCAUGAGCAUCAAGUAUCAGCACAUUUUCUUACUUGUCACAGCUACGAAUGUCCUCUUUUUUAGCCGUUUUGUUUGCAUAGCUGUUCUGCGGGAUGCCUGUGACUUUCAAUUAACCAAAGACCUUGCUUGAAGUAAGCUUCAUUGUAAAUUUAAUGGAGCUAAUGUAAUUUUGAUACUGGUUUGAAUUGACGAAUUUCUUAAUUAUAUGAGUUGAGCAUUAUUGCGAGUUUACUGCAGUUGUGAUCAAGAAAGAUUUAUCCAGUUUGGGACACCUCACCCACAAUAAUAUGGACUAACCGUGUUCCUUUACUAACGACUCAGUUGAUCCUAAACUGUACACAAUGACUCAUAAGACUGCCUUAAGUUCCUACCAAGCUCUUACCUGUUUUUUUUUUUUUUCAUUUCUUAUGUAAUACAAGCUGCACAUUAUGCUGUACUGCAAUGAAUUACUUUCAUUCUGCAAAUACAUAACAAAUCAGUGACUGUAUUUCUUAUUGUACAGUGCAGCACACUCAUAACAAUAUUUAUAGAAUUCGAAAAUCUGGGCACAUGUUCACCAAGCAGUUCGUAUACCAUAAUGACUUUAAAAAAAGCGGUACCAGCCAAUUGUGACAGUCAACAUAUCCCCUUCAGGUGCUGUGUGCACAGUUGCACGCACCAGAAUAGUGCAUCAAAACUCAAAGCAGUGACAAAAGUUAUACUAUUGAAAAUGUGUUGCAAACAUCUUGACACACUUCGGAACACACACCUGUGCUGCAAGCUUGAAUAUGUGUGUUUUUGUAAAACAAAUUGGAAGGUAGAUGUUUCGGUGUUUACUCUGUUUCAAUAUGUCGUCUUGUAGUGGCUUCACUUCUUUUAUUGCUUUUCACAAUGUUUUACAUCAGGCACAUGCUUAGAAAGGCUGGAUGAGUACUUUCCAAAUGUGCUAGACAUAAAAUAGUUUAUGUUCUUAUAACUGAGAUUUCCAUGGAGAAUUCUCACAUGUAGUCCACUUUGCUGUAAACUUUCAAUAUGUGGCAUGAUACUAAAGACGUAAAAUUAUAGUGAAACUAAAUUUUCAAUGAGCAGAAUUGAUUGGCACCUGAAGGGAAUAUAAAAGUUGGUGACAACCUGCACUGUGUGCCUGAGAGACUCCCGAGAGAUGCCAGCAUUGAAAGAAAUUCGUCUCAGCCGUGACGUCGUCGAAAUCACGUAUAAUUGGUUGAUGCAUCUACACAUAUUUUAUUUUGGUUGGACAUUGGCAUACUUGCUGAUGAAUUCUUAGGUUGUCAUUGACUGCGUUGAAUUUUGAUAUAACGAAUUAUCAAUAUAGUGAAAUAAAUCUAAGAUUUUUCUUGUCGAUAUCAGCAGGUAAUGGAGAUAUACUGGUAACGAAUAUAACGAAGGUAUUUUGGUGCUGGAUGCAACUUAGUUAUAGCAAGGUUUGACUAGUCACACCUUCUUAUGAUUAAGUCACAUUCAACAUGAAAAUACCUUCAUUAUAUCCAAUAUUCAUUACGAGCACUAUUCGUACAGUCAAACUUAGUUAUAACGAAGUAGCAUCAAUACCUUUGUUACAUCCAGUAUUUGUUACAAGUGUGUGUUUGUUGAGGUCAAAAGAUUUUUUGAUUUCGUUAUAUCCGAUGAUUCAUUAUACUGAGGUUCAACUUUAGUCAUAAGGCUGAGCAGUUGCAGACUUUGAAUGAAAAACUUUGUGAAUUCGACUGCCUGGUCGCUAUAGCUGGUUACUAAUGUUACGGACUGCAUUUACAACUGAGCCUAAUGUUCAGGUUGUGUUGCUGUUAUUUUCUUGUUCAGAUCUCAAAGCUUCGUGAAUUUGAGUUUCCACGGGUGCUACUGAGUACAUAUAUGCAAAACUUGCUUUGUGCUUCUUCCGUCAUCUUUGUACAAUGGUCUCAUUAGCUUGCACACAUACUGUUAUUUGCAAUGUGUUUCUAAUACAGUUGUUUGUUUGCUGUGUUUUUUAAUGUCUAUGUUUCAGCAAGGGCUAUUCAAUUACAUCUGGCCUAUGGUGUGAUCGUACAAGCAUUAACAAAAGCACAGACAAUAAAUAUUAUCAUGCCAAUUCACAACAGCUCAUAGAAAGAAGACUUAAACUCAUGUGAUGUGCGUUUGCCUUAAACAAAAUGACUGGGCUUUUACACUGCAACUUUUUCAAAUCGCAGCUCAUGGCUUAACCAUCUAAAAGACACCUUGACAAUAUUGUAGGCACCACAAAAAUGUUCAUGUUACAUGAAUUCCUAAACAUUAGAAGCUGUGUUCCGGCUUUUCGUUUUUUAUAAAAUUUCAAUUUACAUAAUUGGUUUGAACUUAUUACGAAGUGUGCGGAAUGACAGCAGUAGUGUGCUAUCAAAUGGCUGCCAUCUUUUCCUUUGACGUUUGCAACAUCUAUCUUGCAGAGAAAAGAUUUGAUACAAUAAGUGUGGGGAUUUUUUUUUUCUCACUUUAUGGCUGUUCGUUCAGUUACCAGUGAAAAACUUUAUCUCUGUCCCUUACAAAACACAUUGAAUUUGAAAACAGAGGCUUUCCAACUCCCUAAAAUGGCAGAUUUAUGAUGGUGCAAGCUUUUCUCAUUUUCGUCAUUUUGCUUUUAUGUUGCAAACUCUGCUUGAUGUUAAUUUGAGAUGAAUAAAGAGGAAAAGUAAGCCCUAUAAAAAUAUUAUUUGUGCACUAAUUCCUACCUUGCCAGUUAAAGAGUUGAGGCUUAAGUAAUUGUGAAAUUUAUUCAUUAGAAAAAUUUAGGUUGUCCAUAAAUGUAUUGCCUUUUACAGAAUACUGGGUUACAAGAGAGGUUUGUGCGAGUAGCUGCAUUGGUGGAAUCUUGUAGUGCACAGGUUAACCACAAAAGACACAAAGCUAAUACUGCAGGGACAAAUAAUAUUCUACUUCACUGCUAGAGCGUAAAAAGUCUUCAGAGACAUAGUUGUUUAUGUGCAGUUCUUUUUUAUUUUUUCCUGUGGCAAGCUGACUUGUGUGACAAAAAGAUUUCUAAAGCAUUGCGGUUGGACAAAGCGCCGCAAGUUGUCGCUACUAGCAUUGCUAGUGUUAUUCAUGGCUCUGGUUACAUGGUAUUCCGUAAAUGUUGAUAUAUUUAAGGACAAGCUAAAGUUUUCUAUUGUCUAGACACCCUAUACCGUGCGGCAGUUUUUGAGCCUCUAAUCUAACCUUGCGUGCUUAAGAGCACCAGGUAUAUGUUACUUUUGUGGCUAAAUUGCUGGCUCAUUCACACUCAAAUUUCACGCAGAGGUAGCAUUUCACAGUGCAUGCAGUUUAAUGCCACGUUUGAGUGCAUUACUUGCAUGCGUCAACUUGCACACAAAUAAAGGAAUAUAUUUCGUCUGUGGUGGCAUUGGAAAAAAAUGCAGAAUUUGCAGGAAUGAACAGAUAGUGUCAUCUCUUGACUGUAAUGAGAAAACACCAUUGUGCGCCGUGUUACACUGUCGCAGUUGUGACAGAGCGCCACUGUUUCAUUCGUGCAAAAUUGUACGUGUUUUGUCGGCCAUUGCCGCAGGUGACACCUACUUCUGACACAAGCGAAUUUUCGUUUCACUCAAUGCUUGUGGUGGAAUUCAGUUCUGUUAGGCACUUUUUUUGUGUGCGUGUUUGCGAUCUAUUUUAUUACUCUGUAAUUUCUUCAAAAAUGGCCACGUUCUUCUUGGCAUGUGUUGAUUCCCAUUCUUGAUCUAACUUGUUUUUUCCCCAAACAGUUAUUUUUGGUUCUCGCCUUUUCACAAACGAAGUCUCAUAUUGGGUGCUUAAAGAUUUUUGACCCCUUAACUGCUGACUCCAUUUGUGUGGACUAAAGGAUUUGAACUUAAAUCGCACUGUUGGCCUGACUGGUGGUUUGUGCCCACAAGCAGUUCCUGGGACAAUAGCUGGCAUAAAAGCACCCUCAGUUGACAUAUCUUACACAUUGUGCCCUAAUCUUGUUACUUAAGGCAGCAGGCAUAGCUCGUCAUGACGUUAUUAAGUUAUAUGUCACCAACAAUGAGGACAUAUGCAUAGGCCAAUAUUUGUGAGGUGCAGGUUAGCAGUUUUAGUUUACUAGGUUUGCGCUCAUGCUGUUUUAGCUCCAUUGUUUGAAGUGAACUGUGUGGGGUACGAUCGAAAGAAUGGUUUUUAUGGGACCAAAGGUGUUUGGUUCAGGUGCCAUGUUCAAGCCCCUGGCACAGAAUGGGUGUUCGUGUGUUGGCUCUUUGACAGUGAUUUAGGGAAGUGCCAUCUACGAAGUCAGGACCGCCAGUUGUAUGUUAUAGAAAGGAUGUUGCAUUUGCAUCUAGAUUUUAAGAUCGCUUGUCGAACCAAACAGGGCACUAGCGAACUUUGCACACACUUGUGUGAAUCUUAAAUGUCUUGGAUGAAGGUGUCCCUGAAACUGUUGCAGUGAUGUUUACUGUGUGGGAUAUGUGGCAAGCAGCGUGCUUCUGGCAUUCCAGUCAUGUGCACUUUGUUUAAGAAAUGAAACUAUGUGUGUGCUUUUUUUUUGUUGGGUUGUUUGUGAGAGAUAUCCCAACAGAGCUUCACAUUAGUGUCAGUGUGUUUUCGGAUACAAUCCACUCAAGCCUUCAUGGGAAAAAAAGUGUGAUCUAAGCAUUAAAAACACUUAAGUUAUGUUGAGGAGACAGAGAUAGGUGCAAGCAGCAAAAUUUUAGCAUUGUGCUAGCAUUAUGCAGCCAAGUCUACUGCCACAGCUACUGGUAGCUUUUCAAGCCUUCAUAGUGUUACGGAGUACUUGAGCACAAAGAUGACGACAGCGCUGUGUAGCUCUGCAAGGGAGAUAAAGCCACCACCGAAGUGUGACAGGAAAGUACGUUUAAACGACGCAAGAGCAUACUUACAUGAUCUGUGGAGGUUUAUGUGAAUGAUAUGGUGCAUACAUAACGGGGACUGCUGUCCCCCUUAAUCAGGUUUGUCACCUUGCAGAGCACUACACCACUAUCGUGUUCGUGCGCAAGUUCUUCAUAAUUCUGUGAUAGCGGAAGCAAAUAGAGACAAAUCAAUUCUCCACCUAACAUUCCCAUGAAGCUUGAGUUGGUGCGAAAGGAAGGGUCCUUUGAUGUUGUUGUCUCAACUUGUCUGGCGAUGGAGUCUUCUGUAUUCUAGCCACAGUCACGAGCCAAUGCAGCAUGAUGCUUUGUGGUCACCUUCAGAGAAGUCAGCCCCGGUUGCUGAUGAAGGUGUGAUGUAUGUUACUAGCAUUUGCCACCCUCGCAAGGUUAACACCCUGCAGUGUGAUGUCUAGAGCCCUCUAGUCAAAGUGCGUUUUGCCAAAAGAAAGAGAAAAAAAAAGAAAGACCUUCAACGUUUGGAGGGCUGUCAUAUCAACGUCUGUGCUGACGCAGCGUAGUUCUUUGGGAUGAACCCUCCUGCAGCCUUUUUAGUGAAGGGAGCUUCAGGAACCGUGACCUUUGAAGCGAGAGAAAUGCAACUGCAAUAAUCUCCACCAUAAUCUUUGUUGCUUCGUGUGAGCUUUUGAAGAAAGCGCGAGGCAGGUGUAGGGACGCAACACUGUGGAGUCUGAUUGCUCGCUCAGACUUGGGACAGAACAUGUAGAGAACAUUUUGCAGCAUUUCUUAUUGGGAGCACCUCACCUUAUCCCUCUUUUACCUUUUCCCAUUGCAGAUCAAAUUAUUUGUCCUGCAAACACACCAGCUUCUGGUAGGCCGACCAACAUGUCCACUUCGGAUGUAGUUCUGUGGCGGCACUAUAAAUACAUAUAAAUAUUAUACAUAUGCAUAUAACUUAACGGAUGUAGCAUAUAAGGUACCCACACACCUAGGAGGCCUACUUGAACCAAAGUGUAUAAAAAAUGCCACUGGACCACUUGUUCGACCGUAGUCGAGCCCCUAGGGCCGAGUGUGUAUACUUCGAUACGCCUGUUAUUCCGCCUGUUUGCUCUCGUGUAUCUUGUUCUUCGAAGACCACACAGGAUUGUAGGCUUAGCCGGUGUUUUGUGAAAGCAGACGCACAGAUUCCCGUCUUGUUUAUAUGCGACGUCCCAUAGCUUAUUUAAGGCGGCAGUGAACGGGUCCGAGAACUUUGUCUUUGUAUCUUUGUGCUGAUGCUCGUCCGAAAAACAAAAAAAAAAAGUUAUUCCUUCAUGUUGGUUCCUUCUGCGUUUUGCUCAUGCCACCUGUUUCAAAAUGGAUAGCUUGAUAAAACGCUGUUCCUAGGUGCCGACAAAUACACUUUGCAUCUACUUCGUGGUAGCGACAACCUUGCCCGAAUGCUUACUGCUUUUAUUACGUUGCAAUGAAAGCACACAAUUCAAGGCAUUGUUCUUAUGAUAGCACUAAAUGUGCAGGCGUCUCAAAGGCUGCACAGGCCAUCUUCACCCACGUCGGCUGGUGCAGAAAGCUUUACUACGUGUCCUCCGGUAUGUUGAGACUAGUUGCUAAUGUCAGAAACUAUUUGGGGACUGUACGCAUUGGUUGCUGCGCAAACCUUGGAAUUUGUAAAAGGUCAGAUGCGAGAAUUUUCUACAUGUUGAUGACGUUACGAAUUUCUGUGAUAACGUCAGGCGAUAAAUUUAAAGCUUUCGCAGCAAGAGGAUGCGGUGAUCGCAAUACCUAUGUGAUGUAGUUAGCCAUCGGCUAUGAUGGGGGUUCGCUACCACGUUUUAUACCAACUGUGUCUGUUAAGUCUGUUAAGACACAAUGUUCAACAGCUAUUGACUUCCGUUAAAGAAAAAGUAAAAACAUGCUGGCAAGAACCUUCGAGCAGUUCUUCACUAGCUUGAAUAAAGCAAGGCUGUUGAUUCUCUUCAUUUUCUGACACGCUUUAUUUUCCUCCUCUCUUGAGUUAUUAGGUUAGUUUUGUCUUAGUUAUGAAGUUGUCCUUUAAGAACUGAAAGUGCACUGUGCACUGAGCUUGCAGUGUCUUUUUUCACUAGGGUGCUGAUGUAAAAAAAAAUAAUAAAUUAUGUGUAUUGCCCCGCAUCCCUCGUGUAUGCACCGCGCCCAAUAUCACAUCUAAACGUUUUUGUACUCGCACAGCCCUGACUGCGCGUUUUGUUUCUGGUUCACUGGCCAACCGUUUCCAAGCUGUCACUUCCUGUGCAUCACAUGUCAAAGUUUCGACACGUUUCCCUUUGUCCGGCGUCGCCUGUGGCGAAUAAUGUUUAAUGGCACUGCAAAAGAGUUGAUGAAUGCACUCUCGCCCGGAAACAUAAGCUGACAGUGCCCUCAUGCGUUUGGAGUUGCCUGCUAGCAAACAUGUUUGCGGCAUUGGUUCUCAACGGAGGAGCGUUUUAAGCGGCAAGCCAGCAGGCAAGAAGCAAAGCUUGUAAUUGCCGCACACAUACUACUACCAUUUAUGGAAUGUCAGAGACGUAGACGUAAGCAGCAACAAUGGUGGUGCCAUCUGGUGACAUUGAGUUUGUUUUGCACCGGUGUGUGCAAACUAUUAUUGCAAUGACAGGCUAUGGGUUACUCCAUCGACAGGGUAAAAGGCAUCGGCAACAGCAUGAUUGUGAAUGUGCCAUCUCUUUUUUUUUUUUUGUUCGAUAUAACAAUAAUUCAAAUUGUUCUGUUGCUUUGUGGUGAAGCAAACUGCCACAAGAUAUCGCUACGAGCUGUGCUGCUACUUCCCUCAUCUCCGGCAAUCUGUAAACCUCAGCAUGUGUAUGAACACUAAUAUUGGUUUCGAUUUUGAAAGUGUUUGACAUAAGCAAACUUUCAAGAUGUUUCCAGCUGAGCGAGAGUGAUGUGACAUUUCCACGUGUGAUGUGCAUAUUGGUGUAAGUUGUGCUAACUAUGCUGAGUAGGGAGCCCUUAAACGCACCUUUUGACUUCUAGAGCAGUGUGCGUAGUCUUUUGCACGUCUGCAUUUUUGUUAAAUUUUUUUCUUGCCCAGGGGGGGGGGGGAGGGGUAGGGUUCCUACCACGGUUCCUACCUUAUGUGGUUCCUACCUAAAAGUAGAGAGCAGCGCACCUAGGUGGCACUGUGAAAAGGCGGUCUGCUGUCUCCAAUUUAUUUGCAGUGUUCAGCACAGCGGUUUUUCGCGCCGUGUAGAUUUCUUCUGGUGCUUCUGGCACCACGAGCUUGCGACAGGCGACGCCGGGCUGUGACCCGCGUCUUCGACAGCGUGCACUGUACCGCGAUUUCCACACGACUGCCGCCAUUCCUUCUAUACGCCUGGUGGUGAUGACGAUGUCCCGAACUGUUGUUGUUAUUCCCGGGGCAGCGAACGCGGUCUCUGCAGCUAACCAAGCAGUCGUUGCUGUUUCAGAGCGAGGGAAGUGCUUGUACGUGUGUGUGUGUGUGUGUGCACGCGUUCCUCACCACUUGUAAACGCGGGACCGUGUGUUGUUCACCCUCGUUCGAACGGAAAAAAAAAAGUAAGAAACCUGUCGAAAAACUGCCCUCGAGAUCUAUUUUUCCUUACCCUGCGCUGACAGUUUGCCACUAAACCGGUGAGUGCGCUGAGAUGUUGCGAAGAUAUAUGCAACGGUGAGAGAGAAAGACACAGAAAGAAAUUAAAAAAAAAAGAACACAACAAACUGGCGUUUCUCAAUGGCUUACAGUAGCUGGCCGAAGUCGUCGUCGUCUUGUGCGCGGGAAAGUGGAACCCGCGCGCAUCUCUCUAGUUGGCCGUUCUGUACUGCUCCGUGUACCGUGCACACAAACUGUUUCCUUCCUGUUAUUCCUGUGGAUGAUGGAACGCUGCUGACGCUCCCCGCGGUGCUAUUGGUUGGUCGUUAGCGCUUGUGCCCCGGGCCGUGUCUCAUUCAGCGCUGAACUUGCAGAGAUGGUGACCACAUCUUGGUUUCCGUGAUCUUUUCGCACAUUUAUUACACUGGCAGCGCGCGAAAACUUGAGGCAAUCACUUUUAUUUUUCUUGCUUGAAACUGGAACGUUAAAUCCUCGUUAUUACUCUCCAUAGCGUAGCGGUAAGACAUGUGGCAUUUAUUUUUAAGCAUGUCAUUGGGACUAGUGCUGGUAGUGCCUCCUAAUCUAAAUCGAAAUUAUUUCAAGUCUACGUGCGGAAUCGAAUUCACAAGCUAAAAUUAAUCAGACUCAAAGGUGGUGCAGUCUUUAAAAUGAAUUGGCCUAUCGGCUAAGCCUAGCGCUUGCUUUAUUCGCUGAAUUUCUGUUUGUGAGUCUGCAUUUUUUAAAAUCUGACUCGUUAUUUUCGGCAAGUUACAAUUACCAGGGCCGAUUGGAUCAUCCUUGCCAUUGCUUGGUUCAUUCACGUCCGCAGGUCUCUUAAACUAACCAAUCUACUUAUUCUGGCAGAGCUUCGGUUCUUAUAAUUAAAUGCAAAGGUCACCGAGUGUGCAACACACGCACAAGUUAUUGCAAUCAGUCCGCCUGCUGUCUCUACGAUCACUCCGCCUGCUUUCUGUGUAAUUGGUUCACUUUAUGCAAGUGAGGACCCAGCGAUCUGAAUGGGCUCAGCUUAGGCUUAACCCAGCUCUGUUAAGGUCUCGUCAUAUAGCUCAUUUUUUUGCGAAUAUGUGUAAAAGAUAUGUAUCCCUUGAUUUUGUCCAUUACUGCCUAGACCAUCCUGCAGUGUCACUCUUAAGAAAUGAAGUCGACAUCACACCGUGACAGGCGUAUUCAUUCCGUUCGUUAUUAUUGCGACACUUCAGUCCUUGGCGCUUGUCCCCGAGCUUAAAGCUCGAUGGAACCGACUGUGGCGCGUUAUCAUACCUAGCAAGUCUUGCGGUGAACACGUGCUGUGGGCGCGCGUGCGUUUGGAGUUUUGAUCUCUUUUAGUAGAGCAACACUACACGUGUCAGUGUUGUUUUGAAUCAUGCUGCUAUUUUCAAUACUUUAUCACUGCAUGCCCAUGAUUGAGCUAUUACGUAUAGUAAGCGGACCCUAAUGUCACCACUGCGUACUAGGUGGCGGUGCCAUCGUUAGUGUGCAGAAGUUUUUUGGUUUUUUUUUGAGUUCGGAUGUCAUGGUUGUUGAAUUUCCGAUUCUCAGCUUUGCUGUUUUUGCUCCCUGUUGUGUUCUGUGAAUUCUUUUUUCGGCAAGAAAAUGUGUUGGAGAAAUAAAUUUUGAAAUACAGAAGGGACCAAA